AUGGCCAUGAAGCACUGGAAUGUGAUGAUUUGGUUGUUUUUGGUUACAUCAAGCUUGCCAGCCAAAGCACUACCGGUAAGCCCUCAAUAUGUUAACAAACUUGACUCUAUUACCUUCAGAGAAGAUCUUGUAGGCGAAGCAUUGCUUCAGUUGCAGAAGGAACAUGAUAUCAAACGAGAACAUCUUUUUGUGCAGACAAAAUUUACGCCAAUCGGAGGCCAAGAUGCUACGCAACCAAUUCCUUACAAUCCUUCGGAUUCCAUCUCCAAGCAAAUCACCCUCGAGGCAUGGCGCACGCUCACACAGCUGCAGGACGAGGGCAAGGUUCGGCUCAUUGGUGUGAGUAACACAUAUGACGUCCGCAUUCUUGCUGCAUUGCAGCGAGUGAGGCCGGUUCAGGUGGUCCAAAAUAGAUGGUACGAAGGCAACGACUGGGACCCAAAGGUGUUGAACUACUGCAAGGAGUCUGGAAUCAUGUAUCAGUCUUUCUGGACACUGUCGGGAUCACCAUCACUUCUAGCCCAUCCGAGCCUAUUACAAAUCGCAAAAGCGUCAAAGAUGACUGCUCCUCAGACGGUGUACAAAAUCGCCCAACUUGAAGGGAUCAUUCCACUUUCUGGGACCACAGAUGAAAACCACAUGCGGCAAGAUGUCUCAGUAGAAGAACUCUCGUUCUUCGAAGGAUCUAGCCAGUUUCUUGAGGACGUGCGCAAGUUCAUCAAAGAAUGA